GUACGUCGUUGUUAUGAUUCCCCUCAGCUGAGUGUAUAAUUCUGGUUCUCUUCGAUUUCCACUGUGCUCUAUUUUCAGACUGUGGAGGGAAAUCAGAAUGGAUGCCCUUGACCACAUGCUUACAGACCCCUUGGACUCAGGGGUGGGCAAUAAUGGUCGCGUCACUGAAGAGUGCAUGUUGGGAAACUGUCGAGUGAGCCUUCCAGAAGAUUUGCUUGAGGACCCUGAACUCUUCUUCUCUGUGCUGAGUGAAAGCACCUGGUCUGAAGUGCUUACAGAUGACCAGAGGCAGCAUCUCCGUCAACUACUGCCACAGUUUCCAGAAGACAACACUACUGAGCAGGACCGCACCAUCAAGGACCUGUUUAACAACAAUAACUUCUGCUUUGGAAAUCCCUUGAGCUUAGCACAGAAACUGUUCAGAGAUGGCCAUUUUAAUCCAGAAGUAGUCAAAUACAGACAGCUGUGUGCCAAGUCCCAGAGAAAACAUCAGCUCAACUCGUUGCAGCAGUACUACCACAAACUCCUCAAACAGAUCCUGGUCUCAAGAAAGGAACUGCUGGAGUUGGCGGGCCGCAGCGGCCCGGGCGUUACUGUGAAGAGAAGGUACCCCGCCCAGACUCCUAGCGAGCGGCAGGAGCAGAGGGUCCGGGGGAGAGUGUCCCGGAUACUGAGGGAAGUUAAAGCGGAGUGCGGGGACAACGAUGCCUCGUCCGGCGACGAGGAUGCAGCCUCUUGUCCUUCCUCUCCCACGCCCAGAGUCUCUGUCAGGGUUCUGCCCAGUCUGUACACCCAGGACAUGAAGACCACAGACAAGUCCGAACUGGGAGAGAAGGACAUGAGAGCCAUGCUACGGAAACACAGAGAGAAGAGGAAACGACAGCCGGAUCAUCCGGACUUGAUGACCUCCGACAUCCACCUGGGUGACAUAAUGUCUAGAGUGAACAUCGGCCGUAAAGGCUCCAUGUUGGCGCUGUUUGAACUGGCCCUGCCCAAGAGGAAAAUGAGGGAGGAGAGGAGAAAGAAGAAGAUGAGGGCCAUUAAAGUGGAGUCUGAGGAACCCUGUGAGAACCUGGUACCUUCAGAAGCCCCGGUCCCAUCCACUACCAUUACUGCUACUCUUCCAGAUGCCAGUGUCAAAGAAGAGCCGAUGGAGGAGGUGCAGAACAGCCCCGUCAUGGUGGAGGAGAUUGCAGUGAGCUUCUUCAACCUGCUGGAAAACAUCCUAAGAAUAGAAGGCCUCGCCAGCACCGCCAUGCUGGAAGAGAAGGUCCAACAGUGGCAAACGUCUCCGGCUAGUUCCCUAAACCCCUGGUUCUCCUCCGCCUCCUGCUGGUCAGAGAUGGUGCUGCCGGCCCUGCACUUCCUGGCUGGGGAGACUAAAGUUGGUAUGAUGGUUCUCCCCAGUGGCUUCACUCCCUAUGUGGUGUUCAGAGAAGCUACCCAGCAGUGGAAAUGGAUCGGUCCCAGUCAGGAUGGAGAGAAGGAUUUGAAUGCUCUGUGUCAGCUGUGGAUCGACUCCAAGGACAUGGUUGUGGUCAAGACCGAAUGUGAGGAACUGUCAGAGAGGACUUCUCCCACUCCGAGGGUCAGUUGGACUGACUUUGUGGUGCGGCCCAGCACUGGAGAUGAGAGGCGUGUUUUCCAAGUGCAGGAGCAGCAGCGAUACGACCAGCCACACAAAGCCUUCACGUUCCGGAUGCAUGGCUUCGAGUCUGUGGUGGGGCCUGUCAAAGGUGUGUUCGACAAGGAGAUGUCUCUCAACAAAGCCAGAGAGCACACCCUGCUGCGCUCCGACAGACCGGCCUACGUCACCAUUCUCUCCCUGGUGCGCGACGCCGCGGCCCGGCUGCCCAAUGGAGAGGGGACCAGGGCGGAGAUCUGCGAGCUGCUGAAGGACUCUCAGUUCCUGGCGCCGGACGUCACCAGUGCUCAGGUGAACACGGUGGUGAGUGGAGCUCUGGACCGGCUGCACUAUGAGAAGGACCCCUGUGUGAAGUACGACAUCGGACGCAAGCUGUGGAUCUACCUGCACCGCGACCGCAGUCAGGAGGAGUUCGAGAAGAUUCACCAAGCCCAAGCUGCUGCUGCCAAAGCCAGAAAGACACUGCAGCAGAAACCUAAACCUCCAUCCAAGCCAAAGUCAGCUAGUAAGGAGGGCGGCAGCAAGACGCCCGGAGGCCUGGAAGCUGCAGAUGUAGGGGGUCCCAUGUCCCCCACCACCCCGACGCCCAGCACCCCCGGAACCCCCAUGUCACCGCACGCACAUGCCGCCACGACCCCCACCAAAUCCGGGAUUCCCGAUUCAGUCAAGACCAGUCCCGGCGUCCUGCUGGUGUCUCCACCCCCCAUGCCCCAGCUGGGGACCUUGUUGUCCAGCAGCCAGGUCUCCCAGGCCGCCCCCUCCCAGCCCCCGGCCAGAGUGAUGGGCCACCAGGCAGGCUCUCUGUCCCAGGUACGAGUGGUCUCCGCCCAGACAGCAGGCGGUCAGCAGGCCACACUGGUGCACCAGACGCCUCACCAGAUCAGAGUCCCGGUCACCAUGGGCGCCAAGGGCAUCACACAGGCUGUGGUGUCAUUGCCUCUGAGGACUCAGUCGGCCGGCAGCCCCAUCCAGGUUCAGGCGGCCCGGGGACAGACCAGCCUGUCCAUGUCGGGCCUGACCACUGCUGUCACGGUGGCCAAACCCCCGAGCGGCUCACCCGGCAGCCCGGCGCAGAACCCGGUGGGCCCUGCGAUUCUACAGGGAGUCACCAGCCAAAACAUCCUCAAACAGGUCGCUCGUCGCAGCCCCGUGGCCAUCACAGGCCAGCUGGGCAUGAAGGCUCAAGGCGGAGCCGGCAUUCCGAUAACGGCGACGAAUCUCCGCAUCCAGGGCAAGGACGUUCUCCGCCUGCCGCCGUCGUCCAUCACCACGGACGCCAAAGGUCAGACGGUGCUGCGGAUCACGCCGGACAUGAUGGCCACCCUCACCAAGUCGCCCGUCACCACCGUCAAACUCACCCCAGACAUGCUAGGAACCGCCACUACCAAGAGCAUAUCGGCCACCCUCCACGUGACCCCGCCCCACCACUCCAACACCAGCCCGGCCACCUCCUCGGGCGACGUUCUGACCGGAAAGGGCUCGGCCGGCGGGGGCGCCCUGUUGAAGGCUUCGGGGGACACCAUCCGCCUGAUGCCCACCCUGGCCGUCACCAUGGCCGACCAAAAGACCAGAACCUUCUCUAGCGUCUCCUCGUCCGACGCCAAGAGUGGCACCACCAUUCGGAUCAUGCCCGGCCUCGGGGUCAUCCCGCAGAAACAGGGACAAACCAUCACCAUGACAGCCACCACCGGCAGCAAGCCUGUCUCCACCGGCGCUGCCACCGUCACCAUAGCCACAGGCACGGUGGGCGGAGCGAAAGGGGUGACCCUGGCCCCGUCCGCCUCGGGCGCUCUGACCCUGGGUACUGCCACGGCCACGGUGCGCCAGGUCCCUGUAACUGCCACAGUUGUUUCCACGCAACCGGGUAAGAUUCCAGGCCGGAUCACAGUGCCUCUGUCUGUCCUCAGCCAACCAAUGAAAAGCAAGAGCGUGAUGACCACGCCCAUACUGAAAGGAAACAUCAGUACCAAUUACAACCCCUCAUCGCAGCCACUCCCAACAGGAUCGGGAGAGUUGAAGUUCAGUAUCAGCAGCCUGGGAAGGAACAUCAUCCUCACCACCAUGCCGGCCGGAACCAAGCUGAUUGCUGGGAACAAGCCAGUCAGCUUCGUCACGGCACAGCAGUUACAGCAGCUACAGCAGCAGGGCCAGGCCACACAGGUCCGUAUCCAUACGGUACCGGCCCAGCAGCUGCAGCAGCGGUCGGCAGCAGGUUCCCCCAAGUCCGUAUCCACGGUGAUGGUCACCACCGCACCCUCACCCAAACGGACCCCAGACCCGCCGCCACCAACCUCGCAGUGAGACGCCGUUUUGUGCAGUGUCAUGUUAGUCCGAGAGUUUGAGUGGCUGGAAGCCAUAGCCCAUCUCUGCUCCCUCACUGUUUAGGAGGACAACAUCACUGAACUGUUUAGAGACAGUGGCUUGACCGGCACGUCUGUCCUGCAAGGCUUUGUGUCAUUUCUGAAGGACAGGAUUGAAUUGUUGGCUUUGUCACUAUGAGAACUAGAUCUCGGGUAUUUUCACUCCAUCCAGUGAUCUUCUUUAAGCCUAUACAAGUGGAUUGUUACUUAGUUCCAUCCGCCUCAACACCUGACUCUGUCUUAUCCAGGAAGCAGAUGAGUUGGAUCCAGUGAUAAGUCUAUCAGGGGCCUCAUAAAGAUUGAAGAUUUGAGUGCAGUGUGUGAUUUUCACUUUCAUGUUUGGGACAUGGUAUGAAAAUAUGUACACCGAAUGUAAACCUUCUUUAUAUUCUGCUCUCAGUUGUUUGUGUUUUUGUAAGAUUCUGGUUAUAAUUAAUAAAAGACGUCUAUGUGCCCCUG